AUGAGCUGUCGCUUUCAGAGUUCCUCCACCAGCUAUGGAGGUGGUUUUGGGGCUGGUUCCUGCCAGCUUGGAGGAGGCCGUAAAAUCUCUACCUGCUCUUCCCGGUUUGUCUCCGGAGGGUCAGCUGGAGGCUAUGGAGGUGGCAUGAGCUGUGGCUUUGGUGGCGGGGCUGGUAGUGGUUUUGGAGGUGGCUUUGGAGGUAGCUAUGGUGGAGGUUUCGGUGGUGGAUUUGGCGGUGGCUUCGGUGACUUUGGAGGUGGCGAUGGCGGCCUCCUCUCUGGCAACGAGAAGAUCACCAUGCAGAACCUCAACGACCGCUUGGCCAACUACCUGGAAAAGGUGCGCGCUCUGGAGGCCGCCAAUGCUGAUCUGGAGGUGAAGAUUCGUGACUGGCAUCUGAGGCAGAGCCCAGCUAGCCCAGAGCGGGACUACAGUGCUUACUACAAGACCAUUGAAGAGCUCCGGGCUAAGAUCCUGGAAGCCACCACCGACAACAACCGGAUCAUCCUGGAGGUUGACAAUGCCAGGCUGGCUGCAGAUGACUUCAGGCUCAAGUAUGAAACUGAGCUGAACUUGCGGCAGGGUGUGGAGGCCGACAUCAAUGGCCUGCGCAGGGUGUUGGAUGACCUCACCCUGUCUAAGACUGACCUGGAGAUGCAGAUCGAGAGCCUGAAUGAGGAGCUGGCCUACAUGAAGAAGAACCAUGAGGAGGAGAUGAAGGAGUUCAGCAACCAGGUUGUAGGCCAGGUCAACGUGGAGAUGGAUGCCACCCCUGGCAUUGAUCUGACUCGUGUGCUGGCUGAGAUGAGGGAACAGUAUGAGGCCCUGGCAGAGAAGAAUAGGAGGGAUGCCGAGGAAUGGUUCCAGAGCAAGAGUGCAGAGCUGAACAAGGAAGUCUCCUCCAGUGCUGCCAUGAUCCAGACCAGCAAGACAGAGAUCACAGAGCUCAGGCGCACACUCCAGGGCCUGGAGAUUGAGCUGCAGUCCCAGCUGAGCAUGAAAGCCGGCCUGGAAAGCUCCUUGGCAGAGACAGAGUGCCGCUACGCCCUGCAGCUGCAGCAGAUCCAGGGACUCAUCAGCAGCAUCGAGGCCCAGCUGAGCGAGCUCCGCAGCGAGAUGGAGUGUCAGAACCAGGAGUACAAGAUGCUGCUGGACAUCAAGACACGACUGGAGCAGGAGAUCGCCACCUACCGCAGCUUGCUCGAGGGCCAGGAUGCCAAGAUGGCUGGCUUCAACAACGCUGGAGCCUCUUGUCCUCUCUCUGUCUCAGGAAAUGUCACCACCACUGCCAGUGCCUCCGUCUCCCCCUCCACUUCCGGUCGUGGGGAUUUCCGCAAGUAUUAACUCAGCUUGGAGUCCUUCCCUGGCCGUCAGGAGGAGAGUUGAUGGUGCCUGUACGAUGAGAGGACUGCACAUGAAGCCAGUCCCAUUGUCCCCAUGCCUCUGACAACCUCAGAGGGUGGA